AUGACUUCGGCCCCGAAGGCAGUUCUGAACUCCACGACAGAAAUUAGCAACAGCGCGGACGUUUUUCCUACUUCACACCCAUGCAACGACACGUUUCGGGACUGUGACACGUUUACAGCGAAAAACAACAGCAGCUCACGGGGGGAGGAAAACUCAACGUCUACUGCAUCUGAUGUCCGCGGGCGUAACAGUACCCAUGCGGUUGGAUUUGUAGCCGAUUGGACAAAAUACGUUACCAUUGGACUUGCAAUUUGGUCUAUACUGGGAAAUAUGUUGCCACUAGCUGCAAUCAUCAAGCAAGAGCGACUGCACAAGCCGGUCAACAUACUCAUGGCCAACCUGGCAGCAAGCGAUGUCCUGACGGGCAUAACUUUCCUCACAGCAAUUAUUAUCGAUAUCGUGACGACGUCUCCUUCUAGAUCUCUUUCCACUACCGUAGCGCGACUGCUCUUUACUCCGGGCUUGCUCUGUGGACUGUCGUCCGCGUACAGCCUCCUGACUCUGACUGCCGAGCGUUACUGGUUCAUUGUCCACGGGAUGACAUACGUUAACCAGGUCACCAACGACAGAUGCAAGGUCGCGAUCGCCGUGGUCUGGGUGUGGAGCGGAGUCCUGGCGAUGCUGCCUGUCUUUGGGUGGAACUGUGAGAGGUUCGAGCCCGGAUGUGCCUGGCUUGGAGGAGGUACACCGCACAGUUAUCUGGUCUUGAUCCUGGUUCUCGUCUUCAUCCCCAUGAUGGCGAUCGUGUUCUUCAACGUGAGAGUGUUCUACAGUCUGUGGCAGCACGUCAGCGACAUUUUAAAACAAGAAGCUUCCGUCGGCGCGCCGCCCAGCACCAGCAGAAAGUCCGCCGUCACUAUCGUCCUGAUCACCGGCGUGUUCCUGGUGGGCUGGCUGCCGUACUGCGUCGCGGUCCUCGGGUGUGCCGCCAGCGGCGACUGCGCCGCGGUCAGACCGACGCUGUUCUUCGUCAUCCUGAACUCCGCCGUCAACCCCGUCAUCUACGGCCUCCGUCUGAGGGAGAUCCGCCGCGGGGUCAGGCGACUCUUCACCGGGAACAAUCGGGUGGCAAAUCUGGAACUAGAAAGGUAA